UCUCUUCCAUCCGCCACCACCCCCCCCCCCCAUUUCCACUCUCUCCUUCACAUCUCUCCAUCUCCCUCCUCUCUCCCCAUCCCCAAACAACCUUUCCUGUGGCUCUACUCCCUCGCCCGCAAAAAUGCGAGUUGGGGGUUGGGUUUGAGUCUGUAGCCCCCCUCCUCCUCCUCCUCCUCAUCUCCCCCUAUUCCCUGCCCCCUGGCUCUCCCACCACUCAUUUCCCCCCCUUCUUGCCACAGCUCGGCCGAGAAGGAGGACGGAGCAGACGGCGCACUCGGCGAAUGUUGCUCCACACACACACAGAUAAAUAGUUGCUGUGAUUCCAGGGACGGGUCCCUGGCAACGAAAACCCGAUCUCCCGGAGGUCCUCAUCGAGAAGUUCCUGAUCGAGAAGUUUCCGGCUCUGGGGGAAGGUUCGACUAAACGACAAAAGCACAACAAGAUCCGGCCACAUAGCAAGGUCCGUGUCAAAGAGAGUGUCUAUGCAGAUCUAAGAGAAAGUCUUUAUUGAGAAGAAGGUCCGACUCAAACAGAAGGCCCUGCUGAAGAGGACUGGCCCCAGUGCAAGGUCUGGGUCUUGGACAAGGUGCUGUGAAGAAUUUCGGUUCGGCUGCAAGGCGAAGUUCCAGCUACAGAAGGCCCAUCCCACCAAGACGAAUAUCUUCAUUUCAAAGAAGGUGCGGCUCCAGACACUCUUGAUCCAGAAAGAGGUCCUGAUUGGGAGGCUCCUAAUCGACUCUAGGGGAAGGUCCGACUCAACAAGCUCCAGCUACGGAAGGUCCAUCCAUCCCCACUAAGAAGGUCCCCUUAUCCAGCAGAAGGCCCACUUCCAGGUGGGAGUGGAGGUCUGGACCCGAGUGGCGGUGGAUAUCGAGUGACGGUGCGGAGCCUCUAUCAUGAUGAGGGACGGAGACGCGGGCGACGAGGAGGAGGCCUCAUCCUUCGGGUACAAGCGUUUUGGGAUCCAGGAAGCGCGCGGAUGCUGUGGCCGGCACCACGACCCCUGGGUGCUGAAGAGCGCCGUGGUGCUGCUGUACAUGGUGUGCGCUGCCCUGGCCGUCACGCUCGCCGCGCUCGGCUCCAUUGCCAUGACCAAGAUGGACCUGCUGGAGAGAGACAUCCUCUCAGUGCAAACAAACUACACGGCCAAACUGUCCAGCGUGGAGUCCAGCCUGAGAGACGCAGACGAGCAGUCCACCUGGCGCAACCGCUCCACCUCGUCAGCGCUGGCGUCCCUGCGCCUCGAGAUGCGGGAGCUGCAGAGUGACGCGCGGCGGGCGCUGGCGGCCACCGAGGCGCAGGCCCACGCCCUGGCGCUCGCCGACUCCUCCCAGCGCUCGAGCGCCGCGGCCCUGGGCGCCGCCCGCUCCGACGCCGACUCGGCGCGCUCGCUGCUGCUGCUGCUCAACCGCACGCUGGAGGAGCGGCGCUCGGGCGACGCCGCCCUGCGCGCCGCCGUCGGCGCCCUCGAGGGCUCGGCGGCCCGCGCCGCCGCGGCGCACGCCGCCCACGACGCCGAGCUGCGGCGCCUCGACGCCGAGCUGCGGCGCCAGGCGUCGCUGACCGCGGCGGCGCAGGCGGCGGCGGCCCGCCUCGGCCGGGACGCGGACGGCGCGCGGGGCCGGCUGCGCAACCUCAGCCGCCUGCUGGAGCGCGGCGCCGCCGGCGAGGGCGAGCUGCGGGGCGCCGUCGCGGGCCUCCGGGCCGCGUCGGCGCAGGCGGCGCUGCUGCUGCGGCGCUCGGAGGAGGCGACGGGCGACGCGAGGGCCCGGGCGGCGGAGCUGGGCGGGGAGCUCGCCAACGUCAGCGCGGGGUGCGCCGCGCGCGACGACGCGCUGCUCGGGCUGGCCGAGCGGCUGCGGCGCGCGGAGGCGCUGGCGGCGUCCAGGCAGGAGGCGCUGGACGGGCGGGUGGACGCCCGCGAGGCCGAGCUGGGCGCCGUCCGCGGCGCCGUCAACGGCACGGAUCGGCACCUGCGUGGCGUCGCCGCGUACCUGGGGCAGGUGCGGGAGGCGUGCGGCGGGCGCUCCGAGCCGCGGGCGGAGGAGCUGGCGCUGGUGAACGAGACGCUGGCGAGGCUUCGCGACGACGCGGCGGCGCUGCUAGCGGCGCACGAAGACCUGCGGCGCCGCCUCGACGUGGAGGUGGCGAACCUCACGGUGGUGACGGAGGAGCUGCGCCUGGUGGACGCCUACCACGACCGACUCUACCGCAACCUCACGCUGCUGCAGGGUCCCGCGGGCCCCAAGGGGGAUGCAGGCAUCAGGGGCCCACCGGGAAGCCCGGGCAUCAAAGGUGACAAGGGCGACCCAGGCAAGGACGGGCUGGUGGGCCUGCCGGGCGAGCCCGGCAGGCCUGGCAACCAAGGCCCGCCGGGGGAGAAGGGGAAGCAGGGCCCCAAGGGGGCUCCAGGCCUUACGGGCUCCAAGGGCAGCCUGGCCCGACAGGGCCCGCCCGGAAGCCCCGGGAUCAAGGGGGACCCCGGGGAACAGGGUCCGCCGGGCCCCGUGGGGGACGAGGGUCCGGUGGGGCCACCGGGGCCGGCUGGGCCCGUGGGGGUGUCGGGGCCUCCCGGCCCAGUGGGGCCGCCAGGGAACUUUGGGCUGCCAGGCGAAAGGGGCCUCACCGGGUUGCCGGGGACCCCGGGGCCGCCCGGUGAACCGGGGCCUGUGGGGCCGCCAGGCGGCAGCAGGGCAGGGCCCUCGUAGGAGCUCCACAGGGGCCUCCGGACGUGUCUGCCAGGUAGCGAGGUUCACAAAUUACUAGCGCAGGGGACACGGGCUCAGCGGAUCAGGCAGUUGGGAGACAGCCAUUGUUCCCUGACCUAUACAUGCACAGCAACAAUUAGGUAUGCACAUGUGAAGUGUGACAGGUACAUGCAUGUAUGGAGAUAGAGGUCCAUACAUGUGCUGAUACAUGCAGGUAAUACACAUGCCGAGUGACAGGUACAUAUACACACACACACACACGUGUGUGUGUGUGUAUAUGUCUAUCCCCCGCACCUCUGAUGAGCACGGCUGCCUACGUACGGCGCGAAAGAAGCUCAACGUGCAUCGCGCAUGAUGCAGGUCCCGCAGGUAAUGCUCCGACUACGACCCACGAUCGGACGCGUACGGUAGGUCGCCAUGUAGCGUGCGGUACACGGUGAGAAACAACAGAGGUGCUCGCAAAGUGACAUGCACCGGUCCACACACGAGUCGCCAGUUGUGGGCGCGCGCGUAAUGAAGACAGGCAGGGUAGCUGCUGCGCACAUUUCACGCGAGGGAGAGUCACUCGAUUCCCGCUGGAACCCUUCCCCAUACAUUUGUCAGCAGCUACGAAAACAAAGACAGGGAUCGCCCCACCCGCGUGGCCUGAACAGACCGUCGGGGCAAGUGCUGUGAGCGAGUAGCGCCUAUGAAGGCCGGCACGGCACGUAGAGGGAGUUGGUGACCAGUAAGGCGCUCGGCCGCCUUUGUCUCCCCCAGCGUGGCGAUGUGUUUACUACGCACCGCACCGGGUACUCGUUUGAGGCCGAGUCGACCUAGAAGGGGGGGGGGGUGCCCAGGAGCGGUUUAGAUAAUCGUCAUUGCCGAUGGCCGUGAACGGGAAUCGAACUCCGGUGGCCGGGUAAGGAGCGCUCCCCACUGCACUGCCGCUCCCCUUAAUACCAACACCACUACCCCGCCAUUCGCCACUAAGUGACGAUGACUUCACCAAGGUGUCUGUGCCAGGGCACGUGCACUUUGAGACCACGUGAUGUACAUAUACACACACACGUCGCUUUAUAUAGGUACGGAGGGAUAUACAGGCACGCACGUUGGCUAUCUGGCACUUUUGGACACGUUUGUGGUACAGAUUAUAUUUGCAGCCGACACGGCAGAGGUGGCUGUCCGCCACCAGAAAGGGGCCGUCCAUAAAUGACGUCACGCGCCUAGGGGGGGGGGGGUCAGACAUUUGUGACGAUGUGUG